UCUACUCUCUAUUCGUCAGUCAACGUGUAACAACUUACAUAAACUUACUCCAAUUUGUGAACAAAACAAAUAUAUUUUUUCAAGCACACAUCUUCAAGGGGUUCAAGAUGAAGUACAACGUUCAGCCGGUCGUGGAUUUUGACCUUUUGGAGCUGGCCGAGAUUGAAAUGGGCAUUGCACAUUUUCCGAUGGAGAUCGACGACGAGGUUUUUAUUUUAAAUGAGGAACUUUUGGAUGAGGAGGCUUAUUCUGAUGUGCACUCAGAGGACAAUAAUGGCCGCGGAAUGGAGGAGCAGUCGGAUGAUAUAGCGGACAUGGUGAUGGAUGAAAAGACUUCAGACGCUUUCGGCAAGUUUAUUAAGAGCAACUUGGAGCUAUUCAAAGACAAGAUUAUCCUGGACGUUGGCUGCUGCUGUGGUGUCCUCAGCCAGCACUGCAUCCUGGCUGGGGCUGCGAUGGUCAUUGCCACGGGCAAUCAAAAUGCUGCCGGAUAUGUAUUGGCACUGGCCCGCGACCAUGGAGUCGAAGAUGUGUUUUUUCCAGUCAAAGGCGACAUUUCCGAGAUCGAGUUGCCUUUGCAGGUGCAACAUGUGGACGUCAUAGUCUCGGAGUGGACAGGCGGCUCGGAAUUUGUGGGCUCGCGGCUCCAGGAUGUUAUCUAUGCCCGCGACAAGUGGCUCGUAAAGGGCGGCCUAAUAUUUCCGAAUGUCGGACAGCUGUUCAUUACUGGUCUUUAUGACAAUCCCAUUACUUGCACGGAAGAUUAUCAGGCAGCAGAAGUAGAAGACAGUGAGGACCAUUCCACACCGUCGUCUGAUUCCGAUUCAGAGGAGGCAAACGUUGGGCAGAGCCCACAGAUCAGGGAAUACUAUGUGGGCCCGGUGGAUGUGGUCACCCAAAAGUACCUCCUGAAGACAGUCGAUCUCCAGACGCUCCCGUCUGCUGAGGCAUGUAUCUCAAGUGAAUUCAAAUUGCGAAUGCUGGAUGAAGGCCCAUUCGUGGCUCUUUCGCUGCACUCGGACAUCUGCGUGUCGCUGCCCAACCGGAAGCUAAAGCGACUGUUCUCCACCGGGCCCACACACCCCGAGACCUAUCUGCUUCAGACGGUUCUGGUGCUGCAAAGCGCUCAUUUUGUUACCAGGGAGACUCAACUGAAAGGUAUUUUGAGCCUUCGCCGCAUUCCAGAUGACGGCAUAGAGUACUCCCUGCGCUUACGGGCGGUUAAAUUGGAAACAGAUUUGCAGGCCACGAUAGAUAAACUGUCAUGGCAAGACGAUUUGUACUUGGAAAUCCUUGAAUCCUUGCCAUUAUUGUUCAGCGAAAAGCGCAUGAUAGAUUCACUCUUAGAUGAGACUGAUUUGAAUGUAGGAAUUGAAUCCUUGGCACUAUUGUUCAGCGAACAAAAUUCAGAAGUAAAUGUGGACCAAGACACCGACUCUGUGGCAGAGGCAGGGUCAUACGUUUGUUAGAUACACAGUUUUGUUUAACAAAUAAAAGGGAUACGUUGCGGCACUGUU